AUGAAUGUACCUGCCAUGAUCGAUGUUUUCCUUAUUGGAGUUCAGACACCUUUAGCGCUUGUCAGUGAUUUGGUAUCUGAUCUCGUGUGGCGUAGAGUGUUGGAUGAAAAAGCAUAUCAGGAAUUUAUGUUUCACAGGACUGCUUCGUAUAAAGUGAUCGAGGAUUACUUUACGAAUAAGGAUUAA